AUGUCGGAGGAGCCGAGAGACGUCUUCAAGCUGAGCCGUGAUAGGCUGUCCGUCCAGGAAGUGGUGGACGCCGUCAGCAGCGCUUCCUGUGGAGCCAUUUCAGUUUUUAUAGGUACGACUCGUGAGGAUCAGGUGGAGGGCAGGAAGGUGAUUGGUCUGGAAUAUGAGGCGUACGAGCUCAUGGCCCAAUCAGAGUUCACCAAGCUGUGUGAUGACAUCAGAGCGCGCUGGCCAACCGUAACGCACAUCUGCAUCCACCACCGGCUGGGGUGGGUGAAGGUGGGCGAGGCCAGCGUCGCCAUGGCAAUCUCGUCUCCUCACCGUGGCGACGGCCAGCAGGCGGUCCAGCACGGCAUCAGCCAGCUGAAGGCCAAGCUGCCCAUCUGGAAGAAGGAGGUUUACGACACGCAGGAGGCGAGCUGGAAGGAGAACGGCGAGUGUUCGUGGUCGAGUGGCCGUCAGCUGCACCCAGAGAACCAAUAAACGUUUUAACUCUGA